AUGUACACAGCAUCUUUCCUACCGGAAUGCGGAGCGACUCUCUUGCUCUCCUGCACAAUAGCCUCGGCAUCAUCCACAUCACACCCAGCAUCAACAUCCGCGCUAUCACCUCAAUCCUGUGAUCCACCACCAAACUCUUCGGCAUCCAUCACAUGCAAAGGCUCGCAAAUACCGGCGUCGUCGUCUGCAUCGAACCGUGCUGAGACGGGCGCCUCGAUCAAAGGAUUCGUCGGAGGCACCGUAUCGGGCGUUACGAAGCUUCUUGUGGGUCACCCGUUCGACACGAUCAAGGUGCGCAUGCAGUGCUCGGCAUUCGGCACGUAUGCUGGUCCACUCGACUGCUUUCUGCAACUGGCGCGUCGCGAAUCGCUUCUCGGUCUGUACAAGGGCGCUACUCCUCCUGCGUUUGGAUGGGCGUUGACGGAUUCGGUGCUGCUGGGAAGUCUGCAUAACUAUCGACGAUGGUUUGCGCGCCUCACAAAUCCGUCGUAUGGCGAAGAGGACGGUGCCAAAGGUCUCGCGGUGAAAUACCACGCCCUCGCAGGGUUGUUGGCAGGCUGGACAAACAGCUUUGUCACCACACCCGUCGAGCUCAUCAAAGCCAAGUUGCAGAUGCAGACACAACGAGUGACGCUUCAUCUACCAGGCCAUGCGUCUCGGUCUGUGGUGCCAAGAGAAUUCAAGGGACCGCUCGACUGUGUCGGUCAGAUGAUCGCCCAGCGCGGAAUCUCAGGGUUGUGGCACGCACUACCGGCAACGCUGCUCUUCCGAUCUUCGUUCGCAGCCAUGUUUGGCUCGUACGAAUACUUCCAGCGUCUAUUCUCGAGCUGGAACGGCACGAGCUGGGAGCUGAGUCCCGGAGCGAUCACCUUUAUCUCAGGAGGCUUGGGUGCUGAGGUGUUUUGGCUUACUGCGUUUCCCGCCGACGUGAUCAAGAACCGGAUGAUGGCGGAUAGCAUUCGCGAGCCCAAGUACCGCGAUGUGAAAAGUGCCUGGCUGAGUGCUUGGAAUGCAAGAGGCACAGACGUGGCGUGGUGGACAAAGCUUCGCGGUGUAUACACCGGAUUCUUACCAUGCCUUUUAAGAGCGUUCCCAACCAAUGCGGCUGCACUCUUUGCUUUUGAGACCGCGAUGCACCUGAUGCGUGCCGAGAAGAUUUGA